UCGCGAGUCAGUCAGUAGCGAAGAUCAUCUCGGAUCGAUCGGUAGGGUCUUUGGUUGUUUGUCUCCUCCGUUUGGUUGUGUUCAGAUUGCUAGUGUCAUUCAAUAGGUUGUCGAGUAGUGUCCAGUAACGAUGAAUCUAAAGACGUCCGUUUGUUUUGCCGGCGUUUUGGCAGUGCUAAUCACCGUGGCGAAUGCUGAUGUGUCGCAUGUCCUGGAGAACCCGGUGACCGAGGUGUGUCUGCGAUGCAUCUGCGACGCGUCCAGCGGAUGCGACCCGACGGUGCGUUGUACCGGCGAGGUGUGUGGAAUGUUCCGGAUCACGUGGGCGUACUGGUCCGAUGCGGGAAAACCAGUUCUGCAGGGUGAUGUUCCUGAAUCACAGGGUGCAUAUGGAAACUGUGCCAACGAUCCCCAGUGUGCAGCUAGCACCGUCCAAGGGUACAUGAGGAAGUUCGGACAGGACUGCAAUGGAGAUGGAAUCAUUGACUGUUUGGACCACGCCGCUAUCCACAAGCUGGGAGGGUACGGAUGCAAGAAUCCAGUCCCAGUGGUCUAUCAGAGCAAGAUCGAUCAAUGUAUUCACCAUGCAGCCGGAACUCAACUCUAAAAUACGACGAUACCACGCUUCGGCCGCCAAUCAACCGUGUAUGUUCUUAUCUCUAAUCUCCUCUACAUGACGAACGACGCGACGUCUCACUGGAAUCUUGAAGGCGUUGUUAAUUUAUUAUUUAAUUUAAAU